UUCAUAUUUGUUUAUAGGUGGAAUUUCUUAUUUGGUUGGUGAUGUUUUACCCAUUUCUACAUUAUUCAUCUUAAAGCGGAGGCACCACCCAAUAGUGGAGGCUCCGCUUAUUUGCCUCCUUCCCCCCUUCAGUGCCACAUUUGGCACCUUUUGUGGGGGGGGGGGGAGCAGGGGCCUGUUUUUGACAAGUACCCACUCCUACUUCCGGGUGAUCUUGCCACGGUGAGAUCACCCGGAUAUUUGGCCCCCCUCCUCCUUCUCAUGCUGUUGGUUGCAAGCAAUAGCUGUGGCAGCUCCCGAAAGCCGAUGUAAAAAUCGGCUGGAGUGAAGACACCGUGGGAUUCCUGGACAGGUGUACAUUGUGAUGGACUGAUCCUCGCUGAAAAUUUAAUUACAUCAACGGAAAAGAUGAAGAGAUGCCAGGAAAGAGCUAUUAGUCCUGAUGACAACAGGAGAUUCUCCUGUCAGCUGUCUACAUAUACUGAUUCAUCACUGAGGAUGAUAUACGAGUAUUACAGAGAUGAUCUGAUCUACAUUCUGGAGAACUUGAACCCUCAUUCUGUCCUUAGUGAACUAAAAUCUCAGGAUGUCUUAAAUGUAGAGAAAUACAUGCCAAUUAUACAAGAUGCAAGCACCUUCUCCAGCAUUUUGUUACAGGAUAUUCUGGAACAGGGAAGAGAAGCCGUGAUCGGACUCUGGGAAUGUCUCUGCGCACUGUUAAAAGAUCAUCCUCAUCCUAAUUUAUUGGCAAUUCUAGAUGAAAUUCGCCAGAUAGGUGAAGGUCUGGUGGAUCAGAUUCUACUGGAUGAGUAUGGACAUUCACUGACUCCAGAGCUGAAAGAUCUUCAGGAAAAGCACAAACAACAUCUGAUGGAGAAGACUCAGACUCUAGAGGAGCAUAAACCCCCAGGAACUACCAUGGAGCCACAAAUAUUCCUCAUCAAUGAGCGUUAUGUGAACUUGGUUGUAGUCUCCACUGAUCAGUUCAGGCAGCGUCAACAAAAUGAGCUAAUACAGACUGGAGUAAAACUUGAGAAACUCUUGAAGGAAACACAAACUGGACUGCAACACAUUUCCCCCAACAAGCUGUUCCGCUGGAACCACCACUCACAAUGUGUACCACAUGCAGUAAUGGUGAGUGGUGUUCCAGGAAUAGGGAAGACAACACUGAUGCAGAAGUUUGUCUUUGACUGGGUGACUGGAAAACUCUACCAGAGAUUUGCUUUUGUCUUCUUCUUCCGAUUCCGGGACCUUAAUAAACUUGGAGAGGUCAGCUUCGAGGAGAUGAUUGUUCAGAAAUAUCCAUAUCUGGGGAGUCAGAUUGGCAAUAUUUUACAACAUCCAGAGAAUCUUCUGUUUCUAUUUGAUGGCUUAGAUGAAAGUGUUCUCCAAAUAGAUUUCAGAUCAAGCAUACUGUGCACCAAUCCAAAAUGGAGGAGAGAUUUCAGCACUAUUGUGUCUAAUUUGGUAAGGCAGAAUCUUCUUAAGGGUUGCUCUGUACUGAUAACCAGCCGCCCAGCAAGACUGGCAUCAGUUGAUACUGGUGUUUUUCAGAGAAUUGCUGAAAUCAUGGGAUUUCUCCCCGGAAACAGACAAAUCUAUUUUAGACAUUUCUUUGGAAAUAAGGAGUUGUCAGAAAAGGCUUUUCAUCAUGUGAAAGAGAAUGACACGCUGUACACUUUCUGUUAUAUCCCAUCAUACUGCUGGAUCGUCUGUACAGUGUUAUCAAUGUGCUUCAGAGCCCAACCAACAAACACUGACCAGCUGAUGGCAUCGUUGCCCAAAACAGUGACACAACUCUUUGUGACUUUUGUCUCCAACCUUCUGGCCAACCACAACCAGAAUAAAGAUGGUGGUCACACUGUCCGGGAACUACUGACAUCUAUUGGGUGGAUGGCAGAACACGGAGUCAUGAAUCACAUAAUUGUAUUUGAUAAGCGUCAUCUGGAUUCAUUCAGUGUGAGAAAUGAUAAGCGUCUCUUUUCAUGUUUCAUGAUGGAAUCCGGUCAACCUCCUGAUGUGGAUUUCACCUUCCUACAUCUUACUCUUCAGGAGUUUUUCUGCUUAGUUCAUUUUAUUAGCUAUAAUCCUGACGGAUUACAAGAAGCACUUGAUAAGGCUGAAUCUUACAAAGACGGCCGUGCUGAAAUAUUUGUCCGUUUCCUCUGCGGUCUCUCAGACUCUUCUACUAGAUCCAUGUUAAAGUCUCAUGUGGGAGAAUUGUCUACUCAGGCUGCGAGAGAUGUCAUCACCUGGAUCCAGAAGAAAACUACAGAAGAAAAAAGUCUUGACAAAUCCAUAGCAGACAAGAGAGAACUUCUAAAUGUACUCUACUUUCUUUAUGAGAGCAGAAAUACAUUUCUUAUGUCACAAUGUAUUGGAUCAAACAAAGUUGACUUUUCUGGUGUUCCUCUCAGUCCUCUGGACUGCUCUGUGUUGUCUUUUAUCCUCCAAUCCUGCAGAGAGACAGAAGAAAUACAUUUAAGUAAAUGUAAUAUUCAGAUUGAAGCACUGAAAAAAAUUAUACCAGCUCUAGCCACAAGCAAGACCUUAAGUUUGGAAGAUAAUGACCUGAUAAACAUUUCCUGCCCCCAUCUGGCAUCUGGAAUAAGAAAUAACCAGACACUGAGGACACUGAUCCUGACUGCGAACAAUCUGGAGGGUCCUCAUUUCAGUGAUCUGAUGACAGCUUUGACAACAAGCCGGAUAGAGGAAUUACAUUUGAAUGGUAACAACCUUAAAGACAGCUCCUGUCCCCACUUGGCAUCUGGAAUAAGAAACAACCAGACACUGAGGAUACUGAAUCUUUCAGAUAACAUCUGGAGGUCCUCGUUUCAGUGAUCUGAUGACAGCUCUGACAACAAGCCGGAUAGAGCAAUUGGACUUGCAUAAUAAUCACCUGACAGACAGUUCCUGCCUGCAUCUGGCAUCUGGAAUAAAACAUAACAAGACAUUGUGGAAUCUUGACUUGUCUCGAAACAGUCUGGAGGGUCCUCAUUUUAGGGAUCUUAUGGCAGCUGUGACAACAAGUUGGAUAAAGGAGUUAUGUUUUUUUAAUAAUCACCUGACAAACAGUUCCUGUCCCCACCUGGCAUCUGGAGUAAGAAAUAACCAGAAGCUGCAGAAACUUCAUUUGUCUAAGAACAAUCUAGGGGGUCCUCAUUUCAGCGAUCUGGUGGCAGCUCUGACAACAGCAAGCGAAAUAUGGGAAUUACUACUGUGGGGAACUGAAUUGACAGACGAAUAUGCACCAUUACUGGUGUCACUGAGUGGCAUGAAAAGCCUUACACGCCUAUAUCUUAAUGAUAACAGAUUUUCAAAUGCCUCUUCCAGCCACAUUCGGGAUCUUAUAAUGAAAUCACGGAGCCUGAACGAAAUUCGAAUUGGUGACAAUUUGAUGUCAAAUGAAGUGGUAAGAGAUCUAAAAAAUCUGGAAGAGCUCCGUCCAGGACUGAAGGUUGACUUAUAAAUUAACCAAGAAAAUGUUCGGCUGCAGACGUGAAUAAGGCCAGGACAUUGUUGUAGAUGAUGAGAAUGGGAUUCAGAAAUGAACAGAUGUCAACCAAAAGGCUGAUAAUUCAACAUAUUUGGACUCAUGCAUCUUAUGAUUAAAAUUGUAACAUAUCCCAAGUGACAAAAAGGGUAUAGGAACAAUCUAAUCUAACAUAAACGCGCUGCAUUUACUUUGACCCCGGGUACACCACCUGUCUACUCAGUGGUCCUAGCCAUCAUCUGGUUGCCCUCUAACUAGAUCUGCAAUUUUGGAAAAUAAUUUAUACUGUAAAGCCAUAGAAGGUCCAAUAAAAAUUGGAUGUAGAAUAUAAUUCUCUUGCCACGGUUCCUGGCUUUGCACCCAACCUUAUUGGAGAAAUUGUUGUUCUAAUCUAUGCCACCAGGGAGAGUGGAGCUUCCUUGUAAUGGUGGAAUUACAAUGCAGACCUGGCAACAUAAACUGUAUAUAUACCACAAAAAUGACAUACAUUUUGACACUGCAAGCAAUGUUGUUAGCCUUGCUUCACCCAGGGGGCACAGUUUGCCAUCUUCACCCUGGGCACUGGGUGACCUUGUCCUGGCACGGAGUGUGAGCCCAGUAUUUUUACAUACCUGUUGAUUCUGCCAGCUUCUGCUCUCUCUAAACCCUAAAUAGGUAGCUUGAAGCUUGUGGCCCCCCGGUGCAAAAGUUGACCUGCCCCAGCCCCCCCCCCACUACCAUCCACCACUUCCACCAUGCGUGCAUGUGAUUUCAGCCCUGCGGAGGAGAAGCAGUAUAGAGUGCUGUAAUGGAAAAGGAGCUCAGCAGCUGGGCAUAGCAUCCAGGGUGGAGGGUGUGGUCAGUGGGCUUUAGGGGGGCACAGCUUAGAUCUGGGGUGGCAAAGCCAUGUGACACAAAAUCUGGAGACUAAUGCCCCUCAGGAGGUGUUAAGGGAUUUGUUUUAGCAAUUUCUGAAGGUUUAUUUGUCAGUGUUGGCUUGUUUUGGGGGAAGUUCAGAUUCCAAGGCCCUCAACAGGCCCUGUGCAAAGGGGCACUCCCAGAAACAUUUUCCUCCUGGAUGAUGCAAAAGGGGCAGUGCCUGACGUUGCAGUCUCCUGAGUUCCUUCUUCCUGGUACACACUUGCUGACGUCCCCUUGCCUGAAAGAAGCUGCGCAGCUUAACUUUCACAAACUCCCACCAAUCACUUACCCUUCUGAAGAAUCUCUUUUCCUCUGUCCAGGAGGCAUAGGCCUCCCAGUGUUCCCCCAUCAGUUCCUAAUUUUCCUGCAGGGUGCUAUUUAGCUUCCAGGAACCUGGUCCACAGGCAAAGCCCUCGCCUAGGUCACCCUGAAAGUGAAAAGCCCUGUGGUCAGAGAAAUCUCAGGGGAUCAUGGAGAACUCACGAUGCUUGACUGUCCUUGAAGUGAGCACAAAGUCAAUCCUGGAACGCACAGAUGCUUCGGGUCGGCACCCAGAAUAGUUCACAGUACCUUUCCCUAUGGAUCAUACAGCGUAUUGCAAGAAAGCCUUCGAGAUCAUCUCCUUGAGCAGCCUAGAAGUAGCAUCAAGUUUUGCAUACAUGGUGGAGCUGCGCCCAUCCUCCUCUAUCGGACAGUUAAAAUCACCACCGAUCACUACUGCUCUGGUGGUGACGGGUUGGGUCCGCAGGGUCUGGAAAAGUUCCAGCCGCGCACUCUUAUCGCCACACACUCUGUCAGUGUGAGGCAAUGAGAGAUGAUUACCAGCACUUCCUGUAUUUACAUUGCCAAUCACAUGGUUAAAGAGCCGCGUAGGAGCAGCCAUUCGGGUGCGCAAUCAAAUGAACAAGAGCCGCAUCGUCCCUCCUCGGGCCUGCCCUGAACGUCUUGGGAGUGGGUGGACCUGGCUUAGUUCGCCUGCUCUCAUGGGGUCUCCCUUCGGGGGAGCCCCACCUAGUACUUGGGUGGGUCCGUUUCGGGAGACCUUCCAGAGAAUGGGGUCUGUCUGGUUUCGGCCAGAUGGACCAUGUGAAGUACCUCAGUCCCUGUCUGGAGCCUAACCCCCCGGGGGAUCAGGGUAAGGUCCUUCCUUGUGGAGGACAAGUGUAACACCUGUUGCACGUUUUGUGUCACUCUUUAUGUGUGUGCACUUUUUUUGGCACCGGGUGGAGUUUUUGGGUGCGUUUCACACGCCAGGGGCUUUUCAUAAAAAUAAAAAAUUAAUUAUUGGUAAAAAAAAAAAAAAAUACCAGUGGUGAAUGGGGGGACGUAAUUAAAUUGUACUGAUUAGGGUUAAAUAAUGGUUAAAAAGGAAUAAAAAAAUGGAACUCGCAA